GUUUUUUUACUUAUUAAAUGAAAUAUUUUGUUCAUUUUACUCCUUGUGAUCUAUUUUUGUGAACAAAACUUGAAAAUGGUCUAUUUAUGAGAAUUGUCCUAAGGAUUUACAUACCAAUAUGUUGUACUCCUUUUAUGAUCAAUUAAAAUUUUACUUUAAUUAUUUCUUAUUGUCCUGCUUCUUGUUUUCAUAGUAUACAAAGAACCCAAUAUUAUUUUACCCAAACAAUUUAUGUAGCCAAAUUUUGCGAUGGUUUGUGUAUUAUAUUCAAGUAUUCAACCCCAAUAAUAAACAAUGAAAAAUAACUAUAUUUAUAAAUCUUGUAAUGUUAAUAAAAACGCAUACCUAAUAGGUCCUUGUUGUAUGUAGGCAUGACUUCAAUUUGUUCUAUCAAAAACCAAAAUGGCAUACUCUAUAAAUAGUGACAAGAAGUAUCAUCGUCUAAUCGUGACUUAUAUCCAAAGGAGAAGCACUCUUUUAGGAUAAUAGUCCUGUUUUGGAAAACCAGAGACCAAUUUUUCAAAAAAGACAAUCAAAUUUUUGUGUGAGAAAACGAAAGAAAAAAAAAACUAAUAUUUUUUCUCUCUCUAAAGAAUGAAACAAGCUAAAAUUAAGCUUACACUUUCCUUUCCCUUGCCUUUCUCCUUCAACAUCUUUGGAAUCAGUUUGAAGGCAAUAGAGAACCUCUGAUGGUCGUGAUGGAUUUAGAUGAAGAAGCCACAAGAGAACGAGAGAGCAUUGAAGAGGUCGUCAAUGCAGAAGAAUCUAUAGAUGAUGAAGCCAUAGAUAUUCAUGAGGAAGAAGUCAGCGACGUGAAGGACGAUUUGGUGAGCGAGAUUAUAACCACUAUUGAGUUUCUUGAUCAGAUCAGCGAUUAUAGACGAACACAGCAGAAAGAAUGCUUCAACCUCGUUAGGCGACUGAAGAUUCUUAUUCGGUUUAUGGAUGAGAUUCGAGGCUUUGAAUUCCCCUCGCCAGCGAGUUGUAUGCAUUUUUUGAAUCGUUUGAGGAAAGUGAUUUUGGCUGCAAGAAAAUUGUUGGAAACUUGCAACAAUGGUAGUAAAAUAUUUCUGGCAUUGGAUAGUGAAUUGAUAAUGACGAGAUUUCAUUCAAUUUAUGAAAAGCUGAAUCGUGUUCUUGUUAAGACUCCUUUUGACGAAUUGAGGAUUUCUGAUGAAGUGAAAGAUGAGGUUGGUUCAUUGUGCAAACAAUUGAAAAAGGCAAGGAGAAGAACAGACACACAGGACAUAGAGCUAGCAGUAGACAUGAUGGUCAUGUUUUCAAAAACAGAUCCUCGAAAUUCUGAUAGCGCUAUUAUAGAAAGGCUUGCCAAAAAGCUUGAGCUACAAACAAUCGAGGAUUUGAAGACGGAAACAAUAGCCAUAAAAGCCCUAGUCCAAGAAAAAGGAGGGUUGAGCGUAGAGACUAAACAACAUAUCAUUGAGCUUCUUAACAAGUUCAAGAAGCUUCAAGGUGUUGAAGCUACCGACGUUCUCUACGAACCUGUUAUCAAUAAAUCCACAUCCCUAAUACUACCACACGAGUUUUUGUGUCCAAUCACACUUGAAAUCAUGCAAGACCCGGUUAUCAUAGCCACUGGACAGACAUAUGAAAAGGAGGGUAUACAGAAGUGGUUUGAUGCAGGACACAAGACUUGUCCGAAAACCGGACAAACGCUUGAUCAUCUCUCCCUUGCUCCCAACUAUGCAUUGAAGAAUAUAAUUCUGCAGUGGUGUGAGAAGAACAAUUUCAAGAUUCCAGAGAAGGAAACGUCUUUACAUUCCGAAAACGACUCCGAGGAGCAGAAAGAUGAGGUAUCUUUGCUGGUGGAAGCUUUAUCGUCAAGCCAAUUGGAAGAACAAAGAGCAUCAGUGAAGCAGAUGCGUCUGCUCGCUAAAGAAAAUCCAGAGAACAGAGUUCUAAUAGCUAACGCAGGAGCGAUCCCUUUACUAGUUCAGCUUCUUUCUUACCCUGAUUCAGGGAUCCAAGAGAACGCUGUAACGACUCUUUUGAAUCUAUCCAUCGAUGAGACCAACAAGAAACUCAUCUCGGAUGAAGGAGCCAUCCCAGACAUAAUUGAAAUUCUUCAGAACGGGACCAGGGAGGCGAGAGAGAACUCUGCUGCAGCUUUGUUUAGUUUGUCAAUGCUUGACGAGAACAAAGUAACAAUCGGAUUAUCAGAUGGGAUCCCGCCACUGGUUGAGUUACUGCAGCAUGGGACAUCAAGAGGGAAGAAAGAUGCUCUCACUGCACUCUUUAACUUGUCCCUUAACUCAGCUAAUAAAGGGAGAGCCAUUGAUGCUGGUAUCGUUCAACCGUUGCUACAACUUCUCAAGGAUAGAAACUUAGGGAUGAUCGAUGAAGCGCUUUCGAUUCUUUUGCUUCUUGUCUCGCAUCCCGAAGGACGUCAAGCCAUUGGACAACUCUCCUUCAUUGAGACUCUUGUGGAUUUCAUUAGACAAGGCACACCGAAGAAUAAAGAAUGCGCGGCGUCGGUGCUACUUGAGCUAGGCUCUAACAAUUCGUCUUUUAUCCUGGCUGCACUUCAGUUCGGCGUCUAUGAAUAUCUUGUAGAAAUAACCAGUUCCGGAACAAACAGAGCUCAAAGAAAAGCAAAUGCACUCAUACAACUCAUAAGCAAAUCUGAACAAAUUUGAAAAAAUUUCUGAACAUUUCAUCUUCUACUGCAAUUUCAGUUUCUUCCUCAUUAGGUUCCUGUGUUGAUUUUGAUUAUGUGAAUUAUUUGUUGUACAUUUGUACAUGCUCUUGAGUUUAGUCAUAUGCUAUUUGUUUUUUUAUUGUAUUAAAUAUUAUCUUCUAUGUAAAUUCUAACUCUUAUGUAAAGGAAGUAAGUACAUACAAUUCCAUACUUUUUUUAAAAGUCAAAAUUUAACUUUUAUCGUUAAUGGAGUAUGCUUUUUGUAUAAGAAAGUUUUAUACUUUUCCAUCUAAGUAACUUUAUUAAUAGAUCGAAUCAAUGUCGCUGAUUACAGCAGAACACAAUAAUGUAAGAAAGUUUGAUUCAGUACACGAAGUCAUAAAAUAGAAUCCCGAAAAACGAUGUGAAAGGGACAAACGGAGGAAAGAGACACGAAGCAGAGUUAAGCCACAAAUUUAGAUUUACAUGGGAACGACACAAUCAAAUCUAAAUCUGCGUUUGUUAACUUAGCUGUUAAACUCAAAGUGAGACAACGACUCAUUCAAAAGAUUAAGAGCUUUGACUUGUAAAAGCUUAAUCCACCAAAAUAGGCGUAUAAAACUCUUGUCUAAUUGUAGUUAUCCUAAUUUAAACAGGGUGAUAAAUAAAUUAACCUAUUUUCGAAUUAAAAAUAAAUAAAAACAAAAUUCAUUUUAUAAAGGGAUUUUUCAUAUUUGGUUUUCAAAGGAAAAAAAAAACAUCUCAGACGAUUUCUCUCUCCAUCUUCAAAAUUUUUAAUUUUCACUGAUCUAAUUAUUCUUUCACUCGAAAAAGAUUUUUAGAUGUUUAAUAAAUUCCUAUUUUGUACCAGAAACUAGCAGAAAAGUCAGUGAACAUACAAACAUUACAUUUCAAUCACAAGGGGGACACUCACAAAUUACCUUUUCUUUCAAUACAAUCAUUUAACAAAUCCUGAAAGAUAACAUUACAGUGAAUUUAAAAAUAAAAUAAAAAAGAUCAGAGAUGAAGCAAGGCAAUGGUCUUGUUCAUACAAGAUCGAUUAAGUUUCUGACUCCUCUGGUUCCUCGAAACAUGUCUCCACGAGACUUCUUCCCUUGAUACAUCGCAUACAGU